CGAUGCAAACGUCACACAGCGCACCUACUACACUACAGUACUGCUACUAUUAGUCUCCUCCCAUCUCGCCAAGCUUGCAGCCAUGGAGAGACGCGCCACCGCCAUCCUGCUGAUGCUUUCUCUCGUCGCCGUCCUCCUCGUCGGCGCCACCGUCGCCGACGACAUCAUUCAACUCCCCAGCGAUGCAGCGGUGGGCGCGCCGAGCACGUUGGGGUGCUGCAACGACCCCAAGUGCAGCGAUGGGGGGUUCUGCUACUGCCAGGACCUGUUCGACGACAAGGACUGCGCCGGCGCCGGCACCUGCAAGAAAUGCAAGGCCGCCGCGAACGCGGAAGGCAAGUACAUGUGCCGAGACGCGUCCUGGGGCGGCGCCCCGCCCAAGUGCUAGGAGGUCCGGCAACUAGCAGCUAGCACGGCCCCGUUGGUAGAUCGCCGUCGACGUGCAAUCAGACGCUCCGGCCGUAACAGUAGAAAUGGGUCUUGGUCUGAUCUCCCUCUCACUCUCUUUGUUGUUCGAGAUGAUGAGAUCGAUCCACGGUGCUAGCUGCAGUAUGCUCUUGUUGUAAGUGCUAGCUAAUCGUUGUAUGGUGUACGUGCUGGUGAGCAACGUUGAAUAAGAUUUGGACGCUCUUUUCCAUCUCA